AUGAAUUUAACAAUGCAACAACCAAUAUCCUAUCCAUUUUAUAUGGAUUCAUCACAUCUUCAAUUUUCUUUUCCAUGGUCUUCAAAUCCUUUUCAAUUUCCAACUAAUUCUCAACAAUAUUUUCCUUCAUCAUAUCAACCACCACCACCAUUACCACAACCUAUAUCUUAUCCAUUACCAUUUAUUUUAUCUCAUCAACAACAUCAUAAUCUACCAUCAAAAAUUCCACAAUCAUUUUCAUCAUAUUCAAAUACACGUUAUAAUCAUUUAAAACAAUCUACAAGUCAUAUGAAUCGUCAUCGUUCUAUUGAUACAUCAUUAUAUUCUCAACGUUAUUCUAUAUCAAAUCAUCAAUAUCCAACAUCAAAAACAAAAUCUGAAACAGAUUAUCAAUCAAAUUCAAGAAAUUUACUUAAAGCACAUUCAUGGCAUUCAAUGAAUCAUUUAAAUCAAUCAAAUUUAAAUAUAAAUUAUGGAAAAGAUAUACCUUUAAUACACGAUAAUCAUUAUUAUAAUUCAUAUUUAUCAAAACAAAAUAAACAAUUACAUAAAAGAAAUUUAUCAUCAUCACCAAAACAAAAACAAAUGCCGAAACAAGAUAUUGUACGUAUAACAACAUUAGAUAAAGUACCAGUUAUUAAUAAUCCAAUAUAUCAAGAUGAUACAAUUAUUUCUACUAAAAAUAAAAAUCAAUCUACUCAACAACCAUCACCAUUAUUAUCAUCGUCAUCAUCAUCAUCAUCAUCCUCAUUAAGUACUUGUAGUAGUCAUUCAUCAUUACAAAAAAUUUUAAAUGGUUCAUUACGUCAUGAUCCAUUACUUAAUGCUGCUAUGGAAGAUUUUCGACAACUUCGUCAAACAUCAAGUCGAAGUACAUCAUUAACUCCUCAUCAUCGAGAUUUAAGUCGUGAUAGUCUUUGUUCUAAUUCAACACAUCAUACAUUAACACCAAGAUCACGUAAUCAUAGUCAAUCAAGUUUUACAUCACUUGAACGUUUAGAAAUUCGAAAUUUAAUUAAAACUCUUAAAACAAAUGGUUUACAAUCAUUAAAUAUUCCUAUACAAUUAUUAUCAAAUUCUGUACAAUCAACAGAAAUUUUUUUAAAUAAAAAAUCAUCAUCAUCAUCAAUAUUAACAAUAAAUAAACCAGAUAAAUCUUCUGUUACUGAAGAAUUAGAACGAGAAUUUAAUAAAUUACGUUCAAAUAAUCCAAAUCUAGAAUUAAUCUAUGUUAAACCAUCAUUACUUAAAAAAGAUAAAAAAUCAAAUUCAUCAUUAUCAAUAGAUAAUAAAAAACAAAAUGAAACAAAUGAUUCAUCAAAAUUAAAACAAAUCAAUGAAAAUCCAAUAUUAUCAAAUCCUAUAUCAUUAAAUAGUCCAAAAAUUUCAUCUGAAAUAUCAUCUAAUGAAAAAAAUCUUUUAGAAACAAAACCUGAAUAUGCAAUACCAAUAAAAAAAAUUUCUGAUGUUAAUCUUCGUUCAACAAAAAAAGAUGAACAAAUACGUAGUUUUAGUUUUUGUAAACCAAUAAAUGAUAUUGAUAAUGAUAUACGUCAAACACGUCCAUUAUCAAUGUUUAGUUGGUUACAUUGUGGUUUAACAAAUCCAUUUCCAACAACAUUUCAACCAAAUAAAAUUACAAAUAAUAAUAAUAAUAAUAAUGAAUAUGAUAAAUCAUUAGUUAAAGAAAAUAUUUAUGCAUCUGAUAUUGAUGUACAUAUACCAUUACCAGAUGAAAAAGAUUAUCUUAAUAAUCAAACAAUAAUGACAGAUUAUCUUUCUGAUUAUAAACCAACAACAAAUAAUAAUUCUUCAAUAUUAAAUGAUUUAUCACGUUUAUUUACACGUUUUGGUAAUAAUAAACAUGAACAUAAAAGUAAAUUAAAAAGAAAAUUACAUAAAAAUAAUAAUAAUAAUAAUAAUAAUAAUAAUAAUAAUUUACGUUGUUCAAUUAUGUAA